AUGUCCGAAAUCUCUAGAGAAGAACUAGAUGAGAUCUAUGUGUUCGCCGUUGAAUUGGGAAAGCAGGCGGGGCAGAUGUUGAGGGAUGCCGCCCAACUGAGAAUGGAUGGGAGCAGCAGGACUAAAGCACAGGAUGAGCAUGUGCAAAAAAUGAACGCGGUAGAUCUGGUCACUGAGACAGAUGAAGACGUCGAGGCUUUCAUCAAAGCUCAGAUUACGCAGAAGUAUCCAUUACACAAGUUCGUGGGCGAGGAGUCGUACUCAAAAGGUGUGAGCCGCGACUACCUGAUUGAUGAGAGCCCAACAUGGUGUGUGGAUCCGUUGGAUGGUACCGUCAACUACAUCCACCUCUUCCCGAUGUUCUGUGUUUCGAUUGCAUUCAUCCACAAGAGCAAACCUCUUAUUGGAGUGAUCUACGCACCUUUCAUCAACCAGUUCUUUUCCUCGUGCAGUGGGUGCGGUGCAUUCCUAAACGAGACACAGCGACUACCACUUGUCCGUAACCCGAUCGCACCCAUGCCAGAAAAGGCCCCAGCAGGCUGUGUGUUUUCAUGCGAAUGGGGCAAGGAUAGGAGAGAUAUACCAGAUGGCAACAUGCAUCGCAAGAUUGAGAGUUUUGUCAACAUGGCAGCUGAGCUGGGCGGAAGAUCAGGAAGAGGGGGUAUGGUGCAUGGGGUUAGAAGUCUAGGGAGUGCGACACUAGACCUGGCUUACGUUGCGAUGGGAUCGUUCGACAUCUGGUGGGAGGGUGGUUGCUGGGAAUGGGAUGUUGCGGCAGGUGUUGCAAUCUUGCUCGAAGCCGGAGGCUUGAUGACGACCGCAAACCCACCUCCCGACGAAGCUACAUGCCCUAUACCAGAGGUCAAAUUGGGCAGCCGAUUGUAUCUUGCCAUUCGACCAGCUGGACCUUCACCCACUGAAACUGGACGUCAGAGCCAAGAAAGGACUGUUCGAGAGGUAUGGCGCCGCGUACGUAACUUAGACUACUCACGCCCAGGGGCGUAA